GGCACCGUCAUCACACUCUCUCUUAAAGGAGGGCAAACGGUUGAGAUGGCCAGAGGGGCUGAGAGCUGAAGCAACCCUGAGCUCCUGUCUGUGUGACGAAGCGAGCAUCAGCGGGACGGAGCCAACCACAGCCAGCGUCAUUUGCACACAAGAGGACGACGGUGAUGCUCAGUAGUGGCUCAGUGGGAGAUUUUUUUUAAAUGCACAUGAUCGCAAACUGCUUCCACGUUGCUUUACGGAGAGGAUUUUAAAGUGAGGGAACGCUGUGGAGAUGCUGUGGAGGGAUACUCUGGUGCGCAAAGGGAGUCUCCAUCCCUCUCCCCACAGAGUGGAACCUGGAUGUGCAGCCGGAGCUCCAGGGGUGUUCCCAGCAUAACGCGUCUCGGAAGUUGUGGCAGUUGACACGAUUCUCUAACUUUAACCCUCAGCAAAGCCUCAUAGAUGCUUUUUCUCUGCGCGUCUUCAUGGAUUCGGUUCACUGAGGACCAUCUGAAGCACAGACAUGGCAGUGGCGAACAUGGUGUUCUCUGACGUGGAAAGUUUUCUGGACUCGCAUCCCGAGUUGUUCGAGGACUACCUGAACAGGAAGGGGAACUAUAGCAUGGUGGAGAAAUGGCUCAAGAAUCACCAGGCGAGCAAAAGUCCGGCGGCCGCUGCUCCCGCCGAGCCGAGGGGAGAGGAGAAGAGCAACGCGUGCAAGGACAGCUGGGCGAGCAAAUGUGACGGUCUGCAGCGGAGAGCGUCUCAGAAGGAGCUGCGCAAAACUUUCGCCAGGUCCAAGGCCAUCAACGUGAACAGGACAUACGACGAACAUGUGAAUUCCAGGGCCCAGGAGCCGCUGACGAGCAUGAGGAGGAGAGCCCUGCUGAGGAAGGCGAGCUCUCUGCCCCCGACCACUGCGCACAUCCUGAGCGCACUGCUGGAGUCCAGAGUCAACAUCCCCCAGUACCCGUCCACAGCCGUGGAUUUUAAAUAUUACCUCAAAGAACACAACGAGAGAGAGUUUUUCCUGGAGCUGGUCAAAGACAUCUCGAACGACUUGGAUCUAACGAGUCUCAGCUACAAAAUUCUGGUGUUUGUUUGUAUUAUGGUCGACGCAGACCGGUGCUCCUUGUUUCUAGUGGAGGGAACUGGCAACAAGAAGACACUAGUGUCCAAAUUCUUUGACGUGCACGCAGGAACCACGGUUUUGCCCUCCAUGAAUUCGGAUGAAGUUCAGGUGCCGUGGGGCAAAGGGAUCAUUGGAUAUGUGGCUGAGCAUGGGGAGACAGUGAACAUCCCUGACGCUUAUCAGGAUCGCCGGUUCAGUGAUGAAAUUGACAAGCUGACAGGGUACAAAACCAAGUCGCUCCUGUGCAUGCCUAUUCGCAACAGUGAUGGAGAGAUCAUUGGAGUUGCUCAGGCCAUCAACAAGACCUCCAGUGGCGAACUCUUCACUGAAGACGAUGAGAAGGUGCUGCAGAUGUACCUGCCCUUCUGUGGAAUUGCGAUCUCCAACGCCCAGCUCUUCUCGGCCUCAAGGAAAGAGUACGACAGGAGUCGGGCACUCCUGGAGGUAGUCAAUGACCUGUUUGAAGAACAGACUGACCUGGAGAAGAUUGUCAGGAAGAUCAUGCACCGUGCCCAGACGCUGCUUAAGUGCGAGCGCUGCUCUGUUCAGCUGCUGGAGGACAUUGAGUCACCGGUGGUGAAGUUUACCAAAUCAUUUGAGCUACUGUCCCCUAAGUGCAGUGCAGACACUGAAAGCAGUUUCAAAGAUAGUAUGGAGAAAUCGUCGUACUCAGACUGGCUCAUCAACAACAGUAUUGCAGAGCUGGUGGCGUCCACAGGACUGCCAGUGAACAUUAGCGACGCCUAUCAGGAUCCUCGCUUUGAUGCUGAGGCAGACCAGUUCUCUGACUUCCAUAUCCGCUCUGUGCUUUGUGUUCCUAUAUGGAACAGCAACCACCAAAUUAUUGGUGUCGCCCAGGUGCUGAACAGACUCGAUGGGAAACCGUUCGAUGAUGCAGACCAGCGUCUCUUUGAGGCGUUUGUGAUUUUUUGUGGACUGGGCAUCAACAACACCAUCAUGUACGACCAGGUGAAGAAGUCUUGGGCCAAGCAGUCUGUGGCUUUGGAUGUUCUUUCUUACCAUGCCACCUGCUCCAAGACUGAAGUCGACAAAUUCAAGGCUGCUAACAUUCCCCUGGUCUGCGAGCUGGGCAUCGAUAAGCUCUCCUUUGAUGAUUUCUCCCUGGAUGUUGACGCCAUGAUCACGGCCGCCCUGAGAAUGUUCAUGGAGCUGGGAAUGGUGCAGAAAUUUAAGAUCGACUACGAGACACUGUGCAGAUGGCUGCUGACUGUCAGGAAAAACUACAGAAUGGUUCUCUAUCACAACUGGAGACACGCGUUCAACGUCUGCCAGUGCAUGUUUGCCAUGCUAACGACGGCGGGUUUCCAGGAGACUCUGACAGAGGUGGAGAUCUUAGCGCUUAUUGUAGGCUGUGUGUGCCACGACUUGGACCACAGGGGCACCAACAACGCUUUUCAGGCAAAGACGGGCUCAGCUCUCGCUCUUCUUUAUGGGACCUCUGCUACACUGGAGCACCACCACUUCAACCAUGCUGUUAUGAUCCUGCAGAGCGAGGGUCACAAUAUCUUCUCCAACCUCUCGUCCACAGAGUACAGCGACCUCAUGCAGCUGUUGAAACAGUCCAUUCUGGCCACAGACCUCACACUUUACUUUGAGAAUAGAAACAUGUUCUUUGAGCUGGUCAGCAAAGGAGAGUACAACUGGAAUGUGAAGGGUCACAGAGACAUGUGCAGAUCCAUGAUGAUGACAGCGUGUGAUCUCGGUGCCGUCACUAAACCCUGGGAAAUAUCACGCAAGGUGGCAGAGUUGGUGACGAGCGAGUUCUUCGAGCAGGGCGACAGAGAACGUUUGGAGCUGAAGCUCACACCCUCGGCCAUCUUUGACCGAAACAGGAAGGAUGAGUUGCCGGGGCUUCAGCUGGAAUGGAUUGAUGGAAUUUGUGCGCCGCUGUACGAGACUCUGGUCAAGUUGAAUCCUAAACUUCAGCCAAUGGUUGACAUGAUCAAAGCCAACAGGGCCAAAUGGGAGGAACUGAACAGGAAGAGACAACGUGGCCAGAGUGUUUCUGCGCCUGCGAGCCCCUGCAGUGGCGACAGCACAGAAACCAGCGGCUGCAAUGUGGCCAAAACUGGCAGCACACCCUGCUGCAGCGGCGACGCCGAUGGCACGCCGUCCAAAGCUGCUAGUUAGCUUCUGCUUCCGAGCUGAUCUCUUUGGCUUGUUUCCUCCUAAAUGCGGCCUGCAACAGAGGCAGUGCAGUGCAUGCAGAGGUUCUUGGGCUCUGCUCCUCUUUGCUUUUGCUGCUCAAGAUGAGCUUUAGACUUGAGUGUGGCGCUAUCAUACAGGUUUUUCUGCUCCCUUCAGUGUCCAUGUGCUGAAGGCUGACGGAGCUGUGUUUGGCAAGCUUGUUGGAGCAGCGACAAAUCAGCUGAUGACACCGUGUCAGAAAGGAAACCACUGUGUCAACAUGUCAGCCAGUGAGCUAACACAAACUAUUCUGGGCAUUGCACAGAUUUUUUUCGGCACAAGGCAUGGAGAAUAUUGGAGAGGAAUGUUUGUCUCUGCUGUGGUUUGUUUUGCUCUCAUUACCUCCUUGUUGCUCGCAUUUUUUUGUCCGGGGUAACAGAGAUAUUUUUUUGUAAAUCUGUACAUAGGCUAUUGAGUUAUUUACAAGCGCAGUGAGAACUGUAAGGUUUGGAUUGGAUUGUAAUGUGGCUGUGGAGUUUUUGAAGGAUGAAAGGGUGCAGGAACAGCAGGACCUGUGACAGUGCUUGCAAUGCAAAUUGAAUUCUCCGCUCCCUCCCUUCCUGUGCCUUGUUUUAAGAUCCUACUGAAAAAUGCAUGGCCUCCUCGCCGAGGUUCUUAGAUAGUAUGGAAAUCCACGUCGAACCAUGCUGUAUUUUUGCCAUAAUUUGUAAAACCAAUGACUGCAGUUAUGUCUUGACCCCAUGUUAGCUACAAAACAUUAUAUAUACAUAUGGAAAUAUAUUUUGCCCAAUUUUAUAAAUGCAGGGUCUCACUCGUCACACAAAAACACACACAAUGUGCCUUGAUGAAGUUGUUCUGAUAUUACAUGAAUCUCUGCAGGAAAAGUCCUCUCAUCUACUGAUUCAGCGCUGACAGCUGGAACCGAAAACAAAAUGUUACAUUUAAUAUCGAAAGCAAUAGUUAGACAUUUUUAGAACUACGCUUUUUCUGUCAUGGCAGGAGAGUUUUAUAAGAAGAUCCAUGCCACUCUCAUGAUUAUCUGUUAAACAUAAGGCCUCAGUCAGCAGCUGGUCGGCUUAAUUUAGCAUAAAGACUCCAAAUAGUGACAAACAGCUCCACUGGCUCUGCCCAAAGGUGACAGCAACAACGUACUAGCUCUCUGAAACUCAAUCUGUACAGAAGCCUAAGAGUAAAAUCAACAACGUGCCGUUUUACAGCUGGUUACGUGCUGAGCCGUUUCCUGGUACAAGUAAAGCAAGAAAGAGUCUGAGCUGACACCCCUCAGUUCUUAGUGAACUUUAGAGGUGUCAGUAGGUGGAUUUAGUUACUUUUGGACAGUCAGGACAGCUGCUUCUAGCUGUUUCCGGCCUUUAUACAAAGCUAAGGUAACCAGCCGCUGACUGCUUUCCAUCAGGAAGCAAUUAAGUGUAUUUUCUAAAAUGUCAAACUUUUGCUUUAAUCUAACUUCUGGCCUUUCCUCAAAGCUCACAAAUGCUACACAGUAUGACAGCUUUUAUAAUCUCCAGAAGACUGAGACACUGAAAUUUGUAAUACUGAAGUGCCCAUGUAGUCACAAGCUUUUAUUUUGAUAUUAUAAUUAGUAUUAUAAGUAUUUCUUUUUCCUUUUUUUUGGGUGGGGGUAUGCCUUAUGAAUUGUGUUGUAGCUUUGUUAAUUGGAGUUGAAAACGUGACUGUGCACAUUGUGUGGCAUGGAUCUGUGUGCUCUACUGUAUUUUAGUUGAAGAGCUCAACUGAAGUCAACCAGAAAACUUUUUUGACUUGCAUGUUUUAUGCAGUAUUAAGUCCAACCACUUGCUAAGGAUGUAGCAAACAAGAGAGCCAACAAAUACCUCGUAUUUCCAUCAGUAAACACUUUAUCUCAUCAAAAAUGCAUGACUUAAAUUCUAUUGCAUCAUGUUGCGUGAUUUACUUAUGAAUAUCGCUGUUCUAUUUUUUUAUUAGGUCUCCAGAUGUGGCCAACUCCUACUCGUCUUUUUUGCAAUGUAACGUGCUUCUUGUGUUUCUUCUUUCCUCUCCCAGUUUGGACUCUGGAUUUAUUCACGGCGGGCUAAACUGAAAGAAACCUAAGGCAUGAAAAGGCAAAUGUGCAAUGUUUCUGUUCAGAGUUUAAAUAAAAAUAUGCUGCUA